AUGAGUGAUGAUGCGUUAUUCGCUUGGGAUUGCGAAACGUAUUCAGAAAAAGACACGCGAAGAACAAUUCCGUAUGCCUGCACUUUAAUUAAUUUAGAAAAACUAAGAAAAAAGUUAGAAACGAUAAAAGAUAUCUUUCCAGAUUUAAAUCCUACUGAUAAUGUUCCAGAAGAAUUUUAUGAUAAACUAAUGAAUGUAGUAGAAAUAUUUGUAGAUGGAGAUUUACAGAAAAAAUGGAAAAGACAGAAAGAAAUAAAGGGUAAUUAUUUACAACAUAUUAAUUUCACGUGUUCCUACCAACAAGAAUCCUCUAGUUUGGCUGCAUGGGGAAAUUCUUCCAAUUUCCCUGCGAAUUUGAGAAAGAUUGCCGACGUAGAUAUUGCUAAAUACACCCAAGACAAUUGGGAGGAAUUAAGACACGAAUGGGAACCAUAUGCAAAAAUGGAUACCCUGUGUCUUGGAGCUUGUUUGAUAAAAUAUAACCAAGUCAUGAAAGAAGUUGUAAACCAGAAUAUGUCCAAUAGUCUAACGGCUCCAUCUUUAUCUUUAAGGGGUUGGUAUUAUUUAUCACAUUACGAUAAAGAAAUGGUUGAGGAAGAAUGGUAUGAAACUACUAGAAUGGUUGCGAAACAUACCAAAAAAAGCAAAUAUAGAAAAAGCUUAUUCGCACACUAA